UCAUACUUGUGACUGGAAUUCCUCUCCACAAAAAACGCAUGACACAAGAAUUCCAUUGUUUAUACUGGUUUUUCUUCUAAUAAAUGACUAGCAAUUCUUCUGAAUCAGUUGACCUGACAAAACCUCUAGACGAUGGCAAACUAAUCAUUCAAGUCAUGUCUUGCUUUUUAAAUGUCAAGGUUCAAAGACCCUAUGUCAUCAUUACACUAGGAGAACAGCGUCAUCAAACUUCUAUAUCAGAAUCUCGACAAUGGAAUGAAAGUUUUGAAUUUACCGUGACUUUCCACGCCCAAUUAUUCGGCACGAUCCAAUUAGACUUGUACGACAGUUAUACUAUCUAUCCUGAUAAACAUGUAGGAAGAGCAGAAAUUCGUUUAAGGACCCUGGAACUGAUGCCAGAGACUUUUGAUAGUUAUUACGAAAUCUGGGACAAAAAAUUAUCCACAGGUGCCAGUUCUAGCAUCGGAAGAGAAAGAGCCGCCGUCAAUAACAUGGGCGCCUUACAGGCUAGAAUAUCCUACCGGUACAAGACCUCCUCUUCAAACGAUCCUCAGCAGGAUCUCGGAAAAAUUGCUCGGACUCGUACGACCACUAUCCCGCAAGGCGCGACAGACUUACUGUCCCAAGAGCAAUUGGAUGCUGAAUUUAAGAGACAUUUGCAGUUUCAACGCGAACGCAAAAAAUCAGAGAAAAGGUUCAAAAAAUAUGAGGAGAAUCAGGGUUUGGAUUAUCCGGACGAUAGCGGAGAAGAGGAAGACCUGACCGGUUCCUUAAUCACGAUUAGUCGACGUAGAGCGGAUCUAGUCAAUUACGGUCACGUCAGUUCCGACGACGAAGAUGAAUUUGGCGAGAUGGUGGCAGCACCACUAUCACCACAAAUUCUAGAAAGUAAAAAAAUAUCAGAACCUACCUCUUCUUGGUCCGGUGCCUCUGAUACGAGUCAAGUGAUUAAGACCAUUUCCAAGCUACUUGCCACAUUUAAUCAAGGAUUUGAAUUAACCAAUGUACAGGUUUUGACAGGCUUCUCUGUACUGGAAAAGUUUUAUACUGAUUUGCCAAGAGAAAGAACAUGGGACUUGGUAGGUCAAUUAUCAGAGAUUGAUAUGGCAGCCAGAUACUGGAAGUUUUCAAUUGCUUCUUACGGUUGGAAAGGGCUGAAUUUUAUUGGUCAAGGCAAUGGCAUCUUUUCUGAUGCCAUGCGUGAACACUCUGACGCAAAAUCCAUCAUUGAAUACUUGAUCAUACCAAAAGAAGAUUUACUGGCCUACGAAUUUCGAUCAGCAGAAGCAUUUAGGCCAAGUUACUUUAUUGCAAGAGACCGGUUUACGAAUUCUAUUGUCUUGUCGAUUCGAGGAACCAUGAGUAUCAUGGAUACAUUGACAGAUUUGGUUUGUGAAUACGAACCUUGGAAAGGUGGAUUUGUACAUAGCGGCAUGAAGAACUCUGCAAUGUGGUUUUUCCGGAACGUCGUUCCACAAUUGAUUGCUUAUUCCAAUGAACAUUCAGCUACAGCACUUACCAUUGUCGGUCAUAGUAUGGGCGCAUCCACCGCCGCUAUUUUAACGAUCAUCUUGACCGAUUAUAUUGAGGAAUUCAGGCAAAAGGACAAGGGUUUUAAAUUACAGUGCUUUGGUUAUGCGCCUGCUUGUGGCCUUAGCCUUGAUUUAGCAGAGAAAUACAGCGAUAUAAUUCAAUCGUUUGUGUUUGCUGAUGAUGUGGUAAGUAAACUUAGUUAUGGAUCGAUGAUGGGCGUCAAAGAAAUGAUCAUUGCAAGUACAGAAGCAGUGCAGGAUAUGGGCCUAGGGGAAAUUAUAUGGUCUGGUGAUUUGGAAGGGGAGAAAUGGCAGACAGCAUUCAAACAGAUUGCAGAAGUUCGGAAACGGUGUUUAGACACUAUGGAUGAGAAUCCUAGAUUGUAUGUAGCUGGGAAAGUAUACCAAUUUUGGCUGGAUCCAACUCCAGCGAAUGAAUCACGUAUUGUGGUAGAAAAGACAACAGCAGAAAGAGUGUGUAGCGAACUUGUUGUAAAAAAAUCCAUCAUUAUGGACCAUUUACCUACUAAUUUUGAUGUGGCGUUCCGUCGAGCCCGGGAGACACUAAUGUUGGAAGGAAAUAAAUCGGGUGUUUUGGAUCCUCAUCCUCAGCAAGCGUCACAUCAAUCUAAAUUCGACAAAGUGGCAGAAAUGGGUUUGAAAGAAACAACAGACAGAACGGGUGGAGAAGGGAAUGUUCUCGGCGGCAAAGCAUCUCGUUAAAUAUAGUGCAUGUAUGUCACACGUGCUCCCACUACCAUUGCUUUGUACUACUUUAAUAUAACAGUUUUCUUAUUAAAACUUUCUAAUGACAGGUUCAUAUCUGUCUUAAUCAACCAUGUCGAUUUAUUUCAAAUCCCAACAAACUAAUUUCCUUGUGUAAGACUGAUGGUUUUGCCACUGAAUCGCUGGGUUCUCGUAUUUCAGCUAUACAUUGUGCAAUAAAAAGAAUGCAUUCUCGUUAAUGUUAGCUUGGCUUGAUACAGAUGCCUUCGUACGUUCGAUUAGAAGUUUGCUUUGUUCUCUUGUUAGCGCAAAACUUUUAUCGAUAUGGCCUUCGUUUUUUU